UGUGACUAACAGUUGAGGGCGGGGCUAAAGACUAGGGUGGUCUAAAUGAUAGAUAAAUGGACCCUAAAAACCAGGGCCAUGGAUACACAAAAUGUGAGUAAGGCCCUUGUAGGAGGGACUUGCCUGACAGAGAACGAACCGUAUCUGAAGUUAGAGAAGAGAGCCAUAAAGAUUCAGUCAUGGUGGCGUGGCAACAUGGUGCGCCGGACAUUACUGCACGCAGCACUCAGAGCCUGGGUCAUCCAGUGCUGGUGGAGGUCAAUGCAGACCAAGAUGUUGGAGCAAAGACGGCGCCUGGCACUAAGACUCUAUACCUGCCAGGAGUGGGCGGUGGUGAAGGUGCAGGCACAGGUUCGAAUGUGGCAGGCCCGCAGGCGGUUCCUCCAGGCACGCCAAGCAGCCUGCAUCAUCCAGUCUCACUGGCGCUGGCAUGCGAGCCAACAACGAGGCCUGAUCCGGGGCCGCUAUGAGGUCAGAGCCAGCCGGCUGGAGCUUGACAUCGAAAUCCUCAUGACCUAGGGCUCUGGCAGAGCCAAAGAGGCUGGAUCUCUCUUCCAAUAAAGACCCUACUGACCACACA